AUCAUAUAUUAAAUGUACGUCUAAAUUUAUUAGUGGAAGAAUGCAUUAGGUUAGCGACACCAUGAGAGAAAAUUUGACAAAAUAUCCAAAUUUUCCACAAAUAUGCUUAUAUAUGGAUAAGUACAUUUUGGAUAUGAAUACUUAGUUGUAACAUGGGUUGGAUCGGAGUAACUCCGCUAGAAAACUCAUCAAGAAGCAUAAUUUCUUCGUACUCUGUGCACAUACAACCAUUAUUCAUCACUAAUUAGGUAUUCUUUUUCAUUAUGAAAUUUUGCAAAUUUUUUCGACGAGUUUUUCUGCCACAAAAUACAAGGCCAAAAAAUUCUGACUACCUAAACCUGGCCAGGCGGGGAAAAUGUUUUGGUCAUACUUACCCAGCCGACAGAAAUUCUCGGCAUGGCCAAUUGACGGUCUGAAUAUUGUUUCGCCCCGACCAGGUUCAGGCCGUUGGAAUUUUUUGGUCCAUGAGUUUUCAGCACCCAAAAUUAGGGCUUAGGGUUUGAAUUUAGAGUUUAACGUUUGAAUUUAGGUUUUAGAAUUCAUAUUUAAAUUUUAGAGUUUAGGGUUUGAAUGUAAUAUUGAUGUGUUAUAUUAUUAUUGUAAUUGUAGGAAAAAUGUCAGAAUGGUUCAACCCAAUCUUCGAUUACAUAAUGUACUUUGAUGGUGCCACCCACUAUUCAUCUUAAGCAAGAUGCAAGGAGUCAUGCAUAUUGAGCCGUAACUCGUGAUAGCUUCCCUUAACAUGCUCGACCUCUCGAAUUUUGGUUUAGUAGCACAGUAUUGGUAUACGCAAUUCUAGGCUCACCAACCGAUGGAUUACUAUACCAGACCGGCCGGUCAAAACGGGAAAUUGGAAACUGACCCAAAUUUAGAAUUGUAUAGACAAGAGAACUCAUUCUGGAGUCCUUCCUUGAAACUAUUCUCAUUUGAAUCUGAGUCACUAUUACAACUAGGAUAGGUAAGCGAUAUUGUCUCAUCGAUGGCUAUUAUUUUAUGUCCUUACUAUAAGAGUGGUCUUAAUUGGUUAGUCGAUUAAUCAUUAGGGUAUAGGGUAUAAGGUACAGAUGGUUUAGGGUGUAUAUGGUUAGGGUAUAAGGUAUUGAUGGUUUUGAAGGUUCUAAGUUUUUUAUUAACAUAUGUUUACUUGAAGUCAUUUGAAGUCUUUAACGGUAGAGAUCUCUUUUUAAUUUAUGUUUAUGGUACGUGGAUAGGGUAUAGGGUAUAUGGUGUACAAUAUAGGAUAUAUGGUUAGGAUAUAGAAAAUAUCAUUUUUUAUCUAUGUUUUGAAAAUCAAAAUCUGGCUUUCACUUUGAAUUAACUAUAGUAGAGAGAGAAUUGAGAGAGAGAGUGAUUUCUCGAUGAUUGAGGGUUUUCGUGAUUUCUCGUUGACGGCUCCGACAUCUGCGCCGCAGGAGCUCCUUUCCCCCUCUUAUUAUGUUUCUUAUGAGUGAGUCGAGUGUUGCGGUACCUGCUUCGGCUUUAAGAGACACUAAAUGGCGAUUCUCGGGGGAUUCCAUCGAAACUCUGGGCGUCACUGUUUGGGAUCUCUAAGGCCAACCUCCUUACAUAUAUCCCACCAAAGAUUAUCAAUGGAGGAUUAAAGAUGCCUAAAGCUAUUCGUGAGGCAAGUGCAGCUCGCUGGAAGCACAACCUUGUGGGUCAAUUCCUUCAGGAUCCGCCUCCGUUGUAUGUUCUGCGUCGCUGGGUAAAUAAACUUUGGGGGCGGGAUGGUCUGGUGAGGGUUUCGUUGCUCUAUGAUAAUAUGUUGCUCAUUCAAUUGCCCAACCAGAAGGUUUGUGAGUGGAUUCUUGAGAAUGGCCCAUGGUUUUGGUUCAACAACUUGCUUUAUCUUCGACCUUGGGUUCCUGGUAUUAGUUUUGAGGAUUUGGGAAGGAAGGCUCUGGCGAUCUGGAUGAAUUUGGCGAAUGUUCCAUUAGAGUAUAAUGAUUUCCAGGGGUUGAGCAGAAUAGCGAGCUGGAUUGGGGUUCCACUAGGUAUGGAUCAUACUACUCGAAUGGGGGAUAGACAUGGGUUUGCCAAGGUUCUGGUAGAGCUUACAGUUGAAAUUGAAUAUCCUGAUCAUGUUCUCUUGUGGCCUGAUGAUGAUUCCUCUAUUCGCAUUGGGAUCACCUACUAUAACCUGCCUCCCAUUUGCCAUGUGUGUCAUCUCUUUGGCACUACUGGUUCAUGUGCUGAUCAUCAAGGAAAAUAGUGGGUGGCAAAGCCAGUGCAUAAUGAGAAAGUAAUUACAGUACAGGGGCAGGAUGAUAGGACUACUCUAGUGAAUCACGAAGUAAAUAUGAAUAUGGAUAAACAGGUAGUGUCUGAUAAAGGUAAGGAGGUGGUGCUCUAUGAUGAUGAUCCUCAACCGAUGGCCAUAUUUAUUACCCCCGUCCCGGUAGGAGGAAGCAAAGUGGCCCCUCAAAACUUAGAGAAAUCUUUCUAGGAGGUGGCUACGUUCUCUUCACCCAAAUUGCCCUCUGAAGCUGAAUUUCAGAGAGUGGUUAAUGGGGCUAGGCCUCGAGUCUGGCUUUCUCAAGACAAUUCUAAAUGUAUUCAAGUUUUGAGCUCAUAUUUCAGUGUUUUAGGGAAGUUGGGUGAUCAAGAAGAAACUAAGGAAGCUAGUAAGACACAAGAAGCACCAAAGAAAAAAGAGAUAAGGAAGGAUAUGAAGAAGGGUGGGGGGAAGCCCCCAACUUUGAAAUGAUUAUUUUGUUCUGGAAUGUAAGGGGGUUUAAUAAGAACUUGAUGCAAGUCCUUCGUAGAAAUAAAGUAGAUGUAGUUGCAGUUCUUGAUACCAGAGUACAGGCAAAUAAAGCUAAGGAAGUAGUAGAGGAGGUUUUUUCGGGCUGGCAGAAAUGUCUUAAUUGUUAUGAUACUAAGUUAGGGCGGGUGUGGUUGUUUUGGGAUCCUGCCAUAAAGCUACAGGUGCUCAAGCCGAGAAAAAACUUUAUUCAUUGCUUGGUGGAGGAUAUUAACAAGGAUACCUUCUUCCUAACAGCGGUCUAUGCCUCUAAUGAUGAGACUGAGAGGUUACAUACUUAUAAGGAGAUUGCACAGAUGAAGGUGGUUGGCCAUCCUUGGAUAAUUGGCGGUGAUUUUAAUACUGUAAGGGCUCCUCAUGAGACAUCUAAUCAGCGAUUUGUUACUUCAAGUAUGGAGGGUUUUAAUCAAUGGAUUAAGGAGAUGGAUUUUGUAGAUUAUAGAACAACGGGGCCACAAUUUACAUGGACAAAUCGGCAAGCUCAUCAUCCUAUUGCUCGGCGUCUUGACAGAGGUUAGUUAAUAUGAAUUGGAUUGAGCAUUUUAAAGAUUAUUCUAUGAAGGCUCUUCCUGCCCAUUUCUCGGACCACUGUGGGGUGCAGCUAUGUACGGUUGCCCCUAUAAAAUCUCUGCCCAAACCUUUUAAAUAUUUUGAGUUUUGGGCAGAGCACCCGCUCUUUAUGGGGAUAGUUGAGGAUGCUUGGCGUGUUGAGGUUUCAGGGAUGCCUUUGCAGGUUAUUCAAAGUAAAUUGGGUAGGGUCAAGCAAGCUUUAAAGAAAUUCAAUAGAGAAGUUUAUGGAAACUUGCAAGACCAAGUUAAAGAGGCUGAGGGUGAGUUGUUGCGUGCCCAAACAACAGCAUACUCAGACCCUACUGUUGAACAUUUUGAUGCGGUUACACUUACUAAGGAUCAUUAUGAUCAUAUAUCGUCGACUUAUGAGAGUUUCUGCUGGCAGAAAUCGAGGGUAUCUUGGCUAAAAGUUGGAGAUCGGAGUUCAAACUUCUUCCAUCAAGCUGUCAAGAUUCAUAAUUCCAAGUAAGCUAUCAGGAAGUUGGUCACAGACUUAGGUGAGGAAAUUUUUCAAGCUGACCAGAUUAUCGAGGAGGUUCUGGGGUUCUAUAAGAAACUAUUGGGUGAGGUUAAUAUGGAAAUUAACCCGAAUAGAGAGGAGGUGGAGCAGCUUGUUCUCAAUCGUUUAUCUUAUCGUGAAUGUGAUGGCCUUGUUAAGGAAAUCACAGCAGAAGAGAUAAGAAAUGUGGUUUUUAGCUUGAAUCCUCAGAAAGCGCUAGGACCGGAUGGAUUUUUGGCGGGCUUUAACAGAAAGACAUGGCCAAUUAUUGAAAGAUAUAAUCAAUGGAGUCCUAUUCUUCUUCCAGAAAGGUAAUCUCCCUAGUGGAGUAAAUGCCACUGUUGUGU